UGCACGUAGAGCCCGGCACGUGCGAAGUCAUUGCAGCUCACAGGUGCUGCAAUAAGAACAAGAUCGAGGAGCGCUCUCAGACGGUGAAAUGCUCCUGCUUCCCGGGGCAGGUCGCAGGGACAACGCGGGCGGCUCCCUCCUGCGUGGAUGACGGGGAGCCCUCUGUGGCUAUCCACGUCGGAGGCGUCAGUCACAAGAGCCUGACGGAGCUGAGUGGCAGGAGGUGGUCUCUUUGCCUCCGUAAGAGGCGCCUGCA